GAGGUUUGACAUAAUUGACAAUGACAAUCAAAAAUGUCGAGUAAAAUUUGUUGAUCUACAGUUUUAGUCAUAAUUAGAUUUAUUCUUAUUAUUUAAGUAUUAAUUUUUUUUACAAAAUAGGUCAAAUAAAGAUGAGUAAUCACCACAAUGGUGCUAGAACUGGAGAAACCGAACAAAUGGCACAAUCUCAAUGUCUGAAAGUAUUUAUUCAAAGAGAUUAUAGUGAAGGAACUCUUGUAAAAUUUCAAAAUAGAUUUCCUCAAGAACUGGAAGGAAGACUGGAGAGGCAAGCAUUUGAGACCACAGUAAACAGACUGAAUGCUUUUUUUGCUGAAGCUGAAAAGGCUACUUGCUCUACAUAUUGUGAAGGAUGUCUAGCAUGUUUAACUGCAUAUUUAAUAUAUAUUUGUAAAGAAACACAUUAUGAAAAGUGUUUGAAGAAGGUAUCUAAAUAUAUAGCUGAACAAAAUGAAAGAGUAUAUGAACCUAGAGGACUUAAAUUGACUGAUCCAAGCUUAAGAGGAUUAAGAGUACUUGAAAUCAGCUGUCUAGAUCGUCCGCCUAAUGCAUGACUCACGUUAUCCCACUCCACGCAGGAGUUUUUCAUGUGAAACUUGAAAUAUUCCAAAACAAUUUUUGGUAUACAUUAUUAUCAUUGGUAGUAGCAAAAAAUAUUCUGCCAAAGUGGUGUAAGACUGGUAAAUGCCAAACAGGCUAACUUUUUUAUAUUUAUACAAUUUUUGUCAAAAUUUUGUUUUGGGAGGUGUUGGAAGAAACAUUUUCUAUUGUUCUGCACCAUUUUAAUUGUUAUUGAUGUAGGAAUUUAAAAUAUGUUUAAGAAACUGUUGAGCUCUUGAAAAUUUCAAUUCGCAUUCAUCAUAUCUUUUUUUUGUGUUGAAAUUUGAAAAUAUUUGUCUAAAUAUGUAUUAAUCUCACCAGUUUCUUCUCUAGUUUUUUUUUAUAAGCGAGUUUUCAUUGUUGUGAAAAUCUCAUUUUAAUUUUUUCAAUAUGACUUUUAGAUUUUAACCUUAGGACUUUAUAACAUUUGGUAUAUAUGUCACUAAGCAUAAAUAAAAGUAUUCCAAAAUUAUGAAAUUUUUACAAAACUUAUUAGACAAAAAUAAUCAGGUUUACUUAAUCCUAGCAGUAAUGUAUAUCGGGAUGAAUAGAUCCUGGUAGUACUCAAUAGCAAACAAAAAUAUAAUUAUCAAAGGCUUAUAAUAUUUUAUUCAAAUCUAAAUUAUUAAUAUGGAGUAGAACACUCGAUAUAAAGUGAUACUAGGGUCAUUGUAAAAUCCGUUACAAAAAAUCAUGAUAAUAAAUCUAGAUUUUUUGAAAAAAUUAAUUAUGUUUAACCCUAUAGUGUGCAUUUUUGCAAAUCUGAUACACCAUUCUAUUAUAUAACCUAAUUUGAGUCUGACCCAUAUAAACUCGUUAAAACGAUUCGAGUUCAUAAAAAAAUGCAUGCAUUUCAAUGACAAUUUUGAUCAAAAUAAUACAGAACUAGAUCACCUACAUAAAUUAUGCCCUGUCAUUGACCAACUGAUUAAAAAAUUUCAAAGCAUUACAUUAGAAGAAAACUUUCAAUGGAUGAACAUGAUUAUAUGAAACAAUAUAUGCCUGCUAAAAUGGGGCUACAAACUUUUUAUUUUAUGUGGAGCUAGUAGAUAUUCAUAUAACUUUGAAAUUUAUACUGGUACACAAAAUGACAAAAAUCAUCGCCGUUUAGAAGAACCUGAUCUAGGUGCAAGUGCCAACGUGGUCGUUAAGUUAACCAAAAUUGUCCCACAAGCAUAGAACUUUAUUCAUAUUUUUAUUUAUUAUAUUUAUAUUUUUAUUUAUUAUAUUUAUAAUCUAAUUUCACAACUACUACACGUCUCUGCCUUUACUACACUAUCUCGCUAGGUAGUAUUAGACUUAAUUGUAUUCCAAACUGCAAAAAACAUAGACCGUGGGAUAUCUGUUGAAUAUGUUUGUGAUCUUGAAGGUAUGGAAAUAUUAUCCGUUUCCUGGAAAGAUAAUAAAAGUGUUUGUUUGCUAUCAACUUAUUCUGGAGAGUUACCAAAAGGAAAAAUUGAUCGAUAUGACAGAAAAGCAAAGUUUGGUCUCAGUGUAGUUCAAGACUAUAACCUCCAUAUGGGGUGCGUCGUUACAAAAUCAAAAUAAAAUCUAAAAAGUGGUAUAUGAGGUGUUCUACCAUCUUGACAUGGCAGCUGUAAAUUCUUGGUUGCUUCACUGAAGAUUCCUUGCACGAAAGUAUAUGAAACUUACAGAUUUUAGGUCUGAGAUUGCAUAUUAUUUGUAUAAUGUCACUUUUAACCAUAUAGUGAAAAGGGGUAGGCCAUCGGAUCUUGAAAAAGAAAUACAGUAAAAAAAUAAAAGGUUAACAAUAAUAUCCCACGUUGCUCCAAAAGAUGUAAGGCUGGAUGGCAAAUCACAUUGGCCAUUGUACAGAAACGGAAGGCAGAGAUUCGAGUUUCUCAAAUGUACUUUUUUUACUUAUAUACAAUGUUCCAAAUGCAGAUCUCAUUUUUGUCUCAAUAAAAAGAAUAAUUGCUUCCAGUAGUUCCACGAUACUGAGUAUGUGUCAUAUCUGGUACAAUUUAUUUUUUUUUAAAUACACUUUUUUUAUAAGUCUAUAAUUUUUUUACUCUUUUUGGUAGUUAAAUCGCCCGCCAAAGCACCAGAAAAUAUAUUUUUCAGUUCACUAGAAAAAAUAGCGCACUAUAGGGUUAAUAUAAACGUAAAGGUAUUCAUGUUAUGUGGAUAACAAAGAAUGCAAUGUUGCGUUUGGCUGCGAUUUUUAUUUUCAGAUUUUUAGAGGAUUUACUAGAUCUGGGGACAAAAAAAUAACAACUUUGAUAUCAUAAUAUAUUUGCUAGUAGUUAAACAACAAAGAUAUUUCAUUUUUCUUUUUAAUCUAUAUUAAAUAAGUCUUUGUUCUCAUAUUUCACAUGCAAAAUCACAGUAUUGUUUAUUGUUACUUUGUAUGUUUUAUGAAAUAAUUUUUCACCUCAAAUUAUUUGAGUUGAAUGAAAUUAUAAUAAUAUAACUAAGUUGUUGUUCUUAAAUAAAAGUAGUAUAUAAAUGACAUAAAAUAAAUGAUUAAGUACUAGCUUUUUUCAAAAAAUUUGACUAUACUCUCAAAAUUGAGAACAUAAAAGUAACAAAACUUGUAGGAACAGUAACGUAGUUAUAUUUAUAUAAUUAAUUUAUAAACUUUAAUAAUAAAACUUUCUUUUUUUAUAAUAAUUAGACUUCAAAACUUGAAAAAAACAGGCACGCUUUAACUGAGAUCAAAAAAAUUAGCUUUUAUUUUAUUUUUCAAAUAUUUCUAAAGGAAUAGGGAAAUGGUAAUAUACCCUUUUACCCUUAAUUACUUUUUUAAGUUCGAAAACAAUUCUUAGUAAGCUUUCGUAUUGUUCAUAAGAUACAUUGUUUUUGACCAAUUUAAAUGUUUUUCCGGUAUCAUGAAUAGACUUCAAGAAAACUAUUUUCACUUCUCCCUAUUCCUCUACUUUACUUUUUCAAAGUAAAUAUAUCCGUUUCUCAAACUGUAAAUUUUUACUGGAACCUAGACCCCUUCUUUGAUUUUACUUGGAUGAAUAUUUUCCCUUUCAGGGAUACUUGGUUUUGUGAACUACCAAAAUGAUGUGCUUGUAUCUCUUCCUGCAGCUUACAAUUGUAAUUCUCUAUAUUUCUAUACGUUGUUGAAAUAUCCACAAAAAAGUACGUAUCUUCUCCAAACGAGGUCUGAACCGUUACUAAAUUCAAGCAAACACCUGUUAGAAGCCCGACCGGCGCGAUUCCAGGUGAUAUAUCUGAGCGGCGGCGUUGUCGAAUAUUUUACAAAAUACAAAGUUUUGUCUCAAGUGACUCGACCUGAUGGUAAAUACGGGUAUUAUCUCUUUACUAUAUAAUUUAUUUUUUGAAAUUAGCUUGGUAGAUAUAUAUCCCCUAAAAAUUGAAAGGGCUGAACUUCUAGUAAAGGAAUAUUUGUACAUUAUAUAUAGUAUUCAGCCUAUCAAUAAAGGAUCCUUCAUUAAACUGUAGGUCCCUUCUAUCUGUAAUAGUAGUUCGGUCAAUUUAGACAUUCAAAGUUACAUAAAUUCCCACCAAGCUAGAAAUUAGUAAAAUUGUUCAAAAUAUAAUUAAAAAUGAAAUUUGAAAGUUCUCGUGUAUGAAUAAAAAUUUAUUCAAGCUCACAGUAAAAAAAAAUGAGUUUUUAACAAAACGUUAAGUUUUAUCAUAAAAAUACCUUAGGCAAAAAUUGUAGAUCAUAAAAUUAUCUAGAAAAAACGUAUUGAUACUUUUUUUCUGUGAGUCACCGUUUCUGAGAUAUAAAGAUUCACGAAGUUGUAUAAAUUAUAAUCGUCAUAAUAUGCAUGAGUACGCUACGUAUAUACAUCUCUAGAGUUGUAAUAUAUGUUGAAAUAUUUUUCUAUAGAUCAUUGUAACUUAUACUUAAAAUAUAAAAUAUAGUCUAAGCUCUCCCCUCUCCCCUCUCUUUAAGUCAUUCUAUCAGAUCAGUGAAAUAUAUACUUUUUAGCAUGUGAUUUAACUCACCCUACCUUAAUAUAACGCGCUCAAGAAUUUCUGUCGAUCAAUCUUCGUCAACUAAUCUGAUUUUUGACACACCUGUGUUCGGAAAAAUCCGCGAAUGGGUGCGAAGAACAUUCCAAUACUCCCUGUCAUUGCGACAGUUCCUCAUCCUAAUUCGCGUUACAGUUUCGCGCGUUAAGUCUUUCCGCUCCCCUGAGUUUUCUGGGAAGUCUUAUCUUUUUAUUAAGAGUUAGCCUGUUAGCUAUAUACUUUUGUCUUCUUGGUCUGGACGUCUUAAUGUGUGUGUAUUUUCGCUGCCUUGAGUAAACCUUUUCAAACCUUCGGCAAGAAAAGAUCUAAUCCAAGUGAUCCUUCUUUACAGUUGUCCCCGAUGUAUAACUCAGGACCUGCGUAUUAAAAGCGCAGUUACUAUGUCAGGAAGUGUCCUUUUAUGGAGCCUGAUUUAUUUAUGGCCUUAUAUAUAGGUCUCAUAUUUAAAUCGGUUUUUUUAACGGGCGUAAUUCCAAGAAAGUAAUCUUUCGGAAAACUAAAAAAAAUUUGUUUAACCCUGCUGUUUUUCGUGUUUUUUCCGCAAAUUUCUCUUGCACUCGCCCUUUUUAUGAUUGUAUUUGCUUUCAGAAAUGUAGAAGGGUAAGUUAGGCAUAAAAAUAAACAUAGACAUUUUUUUGCGUAAAAAAGUAUCAAUUAGUAUAGUCAUACCUACAUAAUAAAAAAAAAUUAUUCUCUAAUCAGUUACCUACAUUUUCCCAAUAUCACAAAGUACUAAUUCUCUUAUAACAAACCGCAGUAUAAAAGUUAGUUGGUACAUAUAUGUCAUGUAAUUAUGGAAAAUAAUACAAACAUACAAUUAUCUUAGUGUAAAACAUUAUCAAUAAGUAGUCAUACCUAAAUAAGAAAAGUUUAUUUUCUAACCAGCUACCUAC